AAGAUUAGCUACCUUCAUGAGGAUGUGACAAAUAAGAAAUUCUCAAAUGAUUACAAAAAGAUCAACAGAGAAAAACUUAUAAAAGGGACAGCAAAACGACAGAAAAUACCACAUAUAAAUAUCAACCAAGAAUUAGAAAAUAUUAAUUGGAAUAUACAGAGAAGAGAAAAUUCUCAAACCACUUCACCAAUAUCUUUUUCUGUUAAUCCAAGUUACGAAACAACUAGAGAAAACUCCCCUGCAGAAUCAUAUCAAGGUUCAGAAAUAAGUGAAAGAGAAUUUGAAGAAUUAAAAAGAGAAAUAAUAAACAUUCAAGAAGAAAUAACUGAAGGACUAAGGAAAGUAACAAGGUCAAGAAGUAAUAGCUUCAAACAACAGUUAAAAAUAAUAACAGAAGAAGAAGACGAAAUAGAACAACAAAACCUGGAGAAUCCAAUAGAAGAAAACAAUCAGGAAGAAUAUAAUAUAUUUGACCCUGAAGAUAAUAGAGAACAAGAAGAACUAGAAGAUUAUAAUAUAGAUUACAAUAAAGAAGGAGCUGAAGAAUGGUAUCAAGAAACUUAUGUAAGAGGAGAAGACAAUCGAUAUCCCACCCUGGAAGAAUUGAAAACAUCUUUUAAAGAAACAUUUUGUAAUCAAAGAUGGAAAAAUAAAUGGAGAAACCAACUAGAAAAAUUAAAACAAAAACCUGGAGAAGCAGUCGAAAGAUAUCAUGCAAGAUUCAAAAAGAUUAUAAAAAAGUUAGAAGAACUAGGAGAAGAACAAAAGAUGCUUUACUUUACUAGAGGAUUAAGAAAAGGAUUACUUCCAAUAAUAAGUUUACAUGAACCUGAAAGUGUGAAAGGAAUAGUUGACUUAAUUCAAAAAUAUGAAGCAGCUGAAGAUUUAGAAGAAGAAAUAGAACCAGGAGAUGAAGUAAAAUAUAAAAGAAGAAUUAACAAAAAGAAAAAGAAAGUAAUCGUUGAAGAAGAAUCUUCUAGUGAGGAAGAAACACCUGUAAAGAAAACUACUAAAAAGAAAGAAGAACCAAAAGAAGAUCCAAUGGAACAAUUAGUAAAACAAUUUGAAGAAUUGAAAAUUAAAAUAGCAAAGAUUGAAAGACCUCAAAAUAAUGAAACGGAUGAAUAUAAUACUGAUAAAGAAACAGAAGAAAUUACAGCACUAUUAAACGGAAAUUUUGACAGUUUUGGAAAUGUAAAAAGAAGAAGAACUGAAGAACCAAAAGUAAUUUAUGAUUAUAAAACUGACCCAAAAAGAAAAGAGAAUAAAAAUUUUGGACUAGUACCAAUGGAAUGGACACCAAAUAAGAAUAAAAAGAAAAUGGUAAAAUCACCUGAAAAACCAUUUAAAGAAAGAAAACAACCAGAAUUAUUAAAAGGAUCUGAAUUUAACUUAAUAAAGAAGCUGCAAGAACAAAAAUUGGAAAUUACAUUACCACAAUUAUUAAAAAUUAGUUCACAAGAAAGAAAGAAAUUGAAAGAAGCAUUGCGAACACCAAAAGAAACUGCUGUAAAAUUAGCAAAUCAGAAUAAUAAUACAAAAACAACUACCCUGGAAUGUGAAGUAAUAGUAAAUGGAUUUAGAGUACCAGCUACUAUUGAUAGUGGAGCAGCUACUAGUAUAAUUUCAGAAAAAACAAUGGAACAAUUACAAUAUGAUAUUGAAGAAGCAACUAACUGUAAAAUUAUAUCAGCGAAUGGAGAGAAGAAUGAGUCUUUAGGAAGAAUUAGAGAUUUCCCUAUUGAAAUUGAAGGGAAAACAAUACCAAUUAAUGUAGAAGUAAUGAAAACUGAAGCAUACCAUAUAUUAUUAGGAAAUGAUUGGAUGAUGAAAGCAGGAGCUAGUUAUGACUGGAAAAAUCAAGAAUUAACUCUUAACUGGAGAAAUCAAAAUGAUGAAGAAAGUGAUUUGGAAGAGGGACUAGAAAUAAGAGAAUCAUCAUCAGUUGGAUAUAUUGUAAAACCUGAAGAAUUCAAAGAAGAAAAUAAUGAAGAGAUAAGCUUGGAAGAUUCAAUACUAAAAAGGAUAUAUGAGAUAGAAGAAAUGUUACCACAACAUCAACAAAAAGCCAGAGAACUAAUCAAAUUAUCUCAAGAAAAGUCACAAAAACAACAUAAAGAUAAGAAGAUGAAAAAGGAGAUUUAUUAUCAGAAAGGAGAUAAA